GGAAAAUGAGAGAGAGGUUCCUCCCGUUACAGGUUUACAGCACAGGAUUGGGUGUGGGGGCGGGGCCCAACCCCCAUCACCCCGCCACCGAAUCAUUCUAUUCCCAUGUUUGCACUUCACGCCCUCCUUCUACCAUCAUAUUUUCUUGUAGGUCCUCCUUUACCUUUCCUACUCCUCUUUUUACUACUACUACUAUUAUUUAUUAUUCAUAUAUUGUCUCAUUACUUUACUGCACUCUGUGUGCAGCUCUACUCUGGAAGAUGAACGUGAUUAAUGGGAUUGGGCGGGAUUAAGGUGGAGGUUAAUGAAGGGUAGUAAUAAUGAGGUUGUGCGCUCUAAUCUCGGCACUGAAUUCCAUUUCCUCCAUUAUGGCUUUUGCCUUUACCUUUACCUUUACCUUUGCCUUUGCCUUUGCCUUUGCCUUUGCCUUUGCCUUUUCCAAUAACCCAACAAUUCCAAGUCCAAGGUCCAACUCCUAUUUGUAUUUUACCUUUUUCCUUUUCUACAUUCUCUCUCCUUUUGCUUUCCUUUUACAGUUCACAUAUUCAAUAAUAUCGCAUCUAACCUUUCUCCACUCUCCCUCCUUCCUUUCACUCUUUGCUUCCCUAAAUCCCAACUGGAUUGUGGUGUGGAUUCGCAUCCUCUCUCCGCUCCGCUCUGCUCUGCUCUGCCCCUUCCAUCAGAGCAGAUUCCCUUCUUUCCCUCUCUCUCCUACCAUGGCGAAAGACCGAGAAAGGAGGAUGUAUGUCGGAGUUAUUUUUAACUAUGCUGCAGAGCUCAAGCUUUUUCUUUCCGCUCUCCUCCUCCUCUGUGCUCUCGCUACUAUCCUCCAGUUCCUUCCGUCUCGUUUCACCCUCUCCAUCUCCGAUCUCCGCUCCUGCUCCACCACCCAAGAUUCCCCUUCUUCUUCUUCUUCUUCUUCUCUAUCGGCAACACUCCAUUCUUCCAUACCCCUUCCCAGCCCCCACCCCUCCACCUCCCUCCCCACAGAUCAGCUUCUUCCCAAUGGCAUUCUCAGGCGCGUUUUUCGUCCUUACGGUGCCGCCGCGUAUAACUUCAUCACCAUGGGUGCUUACAGAGGCGGAGUCGACAACUUCGCCGUCGUCGGUUUAGCCUCCAAGCCUCUUCACGUAUUUGGACAUCCCACAUACCAAUGCCAGUGGAUUCCUCUCCUCCACCCCUCCAAUCCCAUCAACGCCUCCGCCUUCAAGAUCCUUCCCGAUUGGGGCUAUGGUCGUGUUUACACUGUCGUCGUCGUCAAUUGUACUUUCUCUCACCCUGUUAAUGCUGACAACCAGGGUGGAAAAUUGCUCCUCUAUGCCUCCACUUCCGGCGGCGGCGACCGCAACUUCAACCUCACCGACACCAUUGAGGUGUUGACAGAAAGUCCCGGAGGAAUGAACGCUUCCCUUUUCACAUCCAGCCCUAAAUACGACUAUCUCUACUGUGGCUCGUCUCUGUAUGGGAACUUGAGCCCCCAGAGGGUGAGAGAGUGGCUGGCCUACCAUAUCAGGCUGUUCGGGAUCAGAUCCCACUUCGUAAUACACGAUGCAGGUGGGGUUCACGAGGAAGUGCUCCAGGUUUUGAAGCCAUGGAUGGAAUUGGGUUAUGUGACGUUGCAGGACAUCAGGGAGGAGGAGAGGUUCGAUGGAUACUACCACAACCAAUUCAUGGUGGUGAAUGAUUGUUUGCAUCGCUACAAGUUUAUGGCCAAGUGGAUGUUCUUCUUCGACAUUGACGAGUUCAUCUACGUGCCGCCCAAAAGCACCAUAAAAUCAGUUCUAGAUUCGCUUUCAGACUACGCCCAGUUUACAAUUGAGCAGAUGCCCAUGAACAGCAAGACGUGUCUCACGGAAGAUGCAGGGAGAACCUACAGGAAAUGGGGGUUUGAAAAGCUUGUAUACAAGGACGUGAAAAGGGGAAUAAGGAGGGACCGAAAGUACGCAGUACAGCCGCGGAGGGUGUUUGCGACGGGGGUGCACAUGUCGGAGAAUGUAGCUGGGAAGACCACACACAAGACGGAGGGCAAAAUCAAAUACUUCCACUACCAUGGCACCAUUGCCCACCGAAGGGAGCCCUGCCGCUCCCUUUCCAAUCUAACCCAACUCACUCUCGACGACACCCCCUUUCUUCUGGAUACCACCAUGCGUCUCGUCGCUCCUGCCGUCAAGAGGUUCGAGCUCAAAAUGAUCGGUUCCAGGUUACAGGCCACGCGCCAGUGAUCAACCACAACCAUUCAUUCUCAUUUCUCCUAAUUUCCGCUCUGCUUCCUUUCUCUUCGUCUGUGAUCAACCGGUUCCAGGUUCCAGGUUGCAGGUUGGAGCUCGAAAUGAUCGGUUCCAGGUUACAGCUCACUCCGACUGUAUAUUAUAUAUAAAUUCAUAUAUAAUUUGGGGGCACCAGUAGAAGAGGGGGGAUUGGGUUUAUUCUUAUUUGUUACCCACUUGUUGUAAUUAUUUUUCUACACUUUUUUUGUGCUUAUAUUACAUUUUUACAUCACAAAUAAAACACAGUUUAUUAUUAUUAUA